AUGUCGAGUCAGUUGCUCGAGGUCCCACAGCUACUGCCGCCGGCUCCGGGAGGCGCCGAGGGGGGCGCCGAGGGGGCGGCGCCGCUGGGGCCCGCGCAGGUGGUCACCGCCGGCCUCCUGACGCUGCUCAUCGUCUGGACCCUGGUGGGCAACGUGCUGGUGUGCGCGGCCAUCGUGCGAAGCCGCCACUUACGUGCCAGGAUGACCAACCUUUUCAUCGCGUCUCUGGCCGUGUCUGACCUCUUUGUGGCGCUACUGGUCAUGCCCUGGAAGGCGGUCGCCGAGGUGGCCGGUUACUGGCCCUUUGGGGCCUUCUGCGAUGUCUGGGUGGCCUUUGACAUCAUGUGCUCCACCGCCUCCAUCCUGAACCUGUGUGUCAUCAGCGUGGAUCGCUACUGGGCGAUUUCUAGGCCUUUUUGCUACCAGCGCAAGAUGACCCAGCAUGUGGCCUUGGUCAUGGUGGGUCUGGCCUGGACCUUGUCCAUUCUCAUCUCCUUCAUCCCAGUCCAGCUCCACUGGCACAGGGACAAGGUAGGCUCCUGGGACGGGGUGGACCCGCCAUCCAACCUGGCCAACCGGACGCCCUGGGAGGAAGCCGGAGAGCCGGAAGUGAUGGCCGAGAACUGUGACUCCAGCCUGAACCGAAUUUACGCAAUCUCCUCCUCGCUCAUCAGCUUCUACAUCCCGGUGGCCAUCAUGAUCGUGACCUACACGCGCAUCUACCGCAUCGCCCAGGUGCAGAUCCGCAGGAUUUCCUCCCUGGAGCGGGCGGCGGAGCAUGCGCAGAGCUGCCGGCGCCGCGUGGCCGGUGCGCCCACCAGCCUGCGGGCAUCCAUCAAGAAGGAGACCAAGGUCCUCAAGACCCUGUCGGUGAUCAUGGGGGUCUUCGUGUGCUCCUGGCUGCCCUUCUUCAUCCUUAACUGCAUGGUCCCCUUCUGCAGCGGACGCCCUGAGGGCCCUCGCGCCGGCUUCCCGUGCGUCAGCGAGACCACCUUCAACGUCUUCGUCUGGUUCGGCUGGGCCAACUCCUCGCUCAACCCCAUCAUCUACGCCUUCAAUGCUGACUUCCGGGAGAUGUUUACCCAGCUGCUGGGGUGCAGCCAGCUCUGCUCGCGCACCCGAGUGGAGACAGUGAACAUCAGCAAUGAGGUCAUCUCCUACAACGAGGACACGGCCUUCCACAAGAACAUCGCCGCCACCUACAUCCACAUGAUCCCCAACGCCGUAACCCCCGGGGACGCAGAGUUGGACAAGGAGGAGAGCCCUUUCCAUCGCACGCCCCAGAUCUCUCAGACGUCCCCAGAUGGUGACCCUGCUGCCCAGUCGGCCGGGGAUCUGGACUGUGAGGGGGAGGUGUCAUUAGGUAAAAUCACACCUUUCACCCCAAGUGGACUCGGUUAA